UUUCCUUGGCUUGGCAGAAGUGCUGUGUACUGUGAUCGCACCAACAUAUGUUAUUACCAAAUCAUUUCUAUAGAUACGAUGGCGGAAAAUUAUGUCGACGAAGUUGAGAAGAUCACAAAACUCAAAAGUGAAUUUCUGGAAUGUUCAAUCUGCAUGGAGGAGUAUGAUGAAGCAGAACGGAAACCCAGACUUCUUCCUUGUCUUCAUACAUUCUGCAAUUUCUGUCUAUUACAAAUUUAUAAAAACGACAUUGUUUCUUGCUCCAUAUGCAAGACAGAACAUCAAAUUGCAAACCUCGAAAGUGUUCCAGUGGACAGAACAAGAUGGGAUCUUUUAGACUUUGUUCGGGCAGUUACUAGCGUCUCAACUGUCGAGUGUGAAGUUUGUGACAAACACGAAAUAGCAUCACAUAGAUGUCAGGAGUGCUCUAGGUUUUUUUGUAAAAAUUGCAUCGAAGCCCAUUACACCAUGCAAAAAGUAAUCGGAAAGCAUACAGUAUUUGAUCUUCAGCAGAAACCUGGCAAAACAGACAGCAUAUCAAGGUAUGUCCAUCAGCAGUACUGCGAGCUCCAUACAGAGGAGAAGUUGCUUUACUAUUGUUCUGGGAAGAAUUGUGAAACUCCGAUAUGCAAUAGUUGUUAUGUCUUAAACCACAGCGACAAAGAAGAUCAUACAGUUAAAGCAAUUACUGAUGUGUAUGACACAGAAAAGGCUCAAUUAUUGGAGCUAUCCAGAUCGGUACAAAACAAGGUCGACGAAGCAACCCUUAUUGCUCAGAAUGUGGACCUAACAAUACACACGCUUUUAAAAAAUGAGAAGCAGUCGGAGGAGGAAGUUGAUGCAGCCUUCAACAUUUGUGCGGAGCUGCUGGAGAGACGAAGACAAGACCAGCGAGUGUUGAUCAAAGAAAAGUCAGAACAGAAACGAAAAGUACUUACAGAGCAGGCUGAAUCUCUUUCCUCUUCCAUCGACUGUAUGCGGACCGACUGUAAAUUCCUUGAGCAGUCAUUAAGUUCUGAAAACCCUGCUGGAUUCCUCAUUAUAGCACCAACCAUUCGAAACAAGUUUCAUGUCAUGCUAAACCAGGAAACGGAGCACAUACCUUUCCAAACAGCACACAUGGAAUAUAUCAAACAAAAUAUGGCCACCAAUUUUUCCAGCUUCGUACAAACCUUAGGCAGUGUUGCAACUAGCUCACUCUUCCCCCCAAACACCAUUAUCAACGUGCAGGAUUCUGAUCCAGAAGUGAACAAGAGAACCGAUAUCCAUGUCCAGCUGUUUGACCACGACAAGAAUCUCUUGGUUGAUGACAACGUUGACAUAUUGGUCAGGAUCAAACCACCAAAUGGAAACGCCUUAGAUACACAUUGUGUAAAAACUAAUGACGGUCAGUAUAAAGCAGCAUGGACACCUACAACCGAAGGUCAACACUUGGUCCAGGGGUUUGCUUUUGAGGGCAACGUGGAACUGCCAGGAAAGAACAUAAAUGUCAAAAAGGUUACAAAAGAAGCUUUAGCUGAAGGAAGGCCAGAACAGACAGACACCGGAAGGAAGACGCCUCCUCCUCGCGCAAAGAAGACUGGUAGAAUAGAAACAUCAACUGAAAGAAGACCAGGAACGAAAGAAACUGGAAGGAAGACGUCUCCUCCCGCAAGGGAAACUGACGGAAUGGAAUACCUGACCAUGCACAUGGACGAGGACACCUUAUACAAAGCGUGUUACCUGUCAGAAGACCGGAUAACUCUGUUUAACACCCGACAUCCUCCCCCACCUGACGGACAGCUCGACGGACAGCUCUACUCUCACGACUGGCCGGCCGGAGGACACGCCCUGCAGAAGUAUUCCGGUGUUAAGGGGUCCAGGUCUGUCUCACCCCCCGACAAUGUAUACUAUGAGGUAGACGUACACUUCAAAAUCAUUAAAGAUUUAACAGGCACACAACUUGUGUUUGAGGUUGGGUUAGCAUGGGAAAAGGAAAUAGACAGUAGCCAUUACGUAGGUCAUACCAAGCAUGGUAAGUCGGUAUACUUACUUCGUACCGGUAAUAGUGACAGGGACACUAUGACACUUGCGUGUUGGAAUAAUAAACAAAAAAUCUUCACCAGGGAUACUCAUUCCAGCAAAGCAGGUACAACAGCUGAUAUAAGGAUUGGUGUCAAUAUAAACACAUUGAGUAAAACUAUCAGCUUUUUGGAUGUUGUAAACAACACAUUGUUAACAAAGAUCGGGGAUGUAGACACAUCACAGCCACUGUGGCCGGUGUUUGGGGUGUACAACCCGCACCUAGUGGACGUCAGAGUUACACUGAGGUAGAUUAGAGUGUUCACAUUCCUGUAGAUAUACUACUGUAGUCUACACACGAUGUUAUCAGAGUUACACUGAUGCCUUUUGAGAGUGUCCACAUCCCUGUAGAUUUACUACUGUAGUCUACACACGAUGUUAUCAGCGUUACACUGAAGCCUGUUGAGAGUGUCAACAUCUCUGUAUAUUUACUACUGAAGUCUACACACGAUGUUAUCAGAGUUAUAUUGAGGUCUGUUGAGAGUGUCCACAUCCCUGCAGAUUAACUACUGUAGUCUACACACGAUGUUGUCAGAGUUACACUGAGGUCUGUUGAGAGUGUCCACAUCCCUGUAGAUUUACUACUGUAGUCUACAUACGAUUUUGUCAGAGUUACGAGCAUAUCAUAUCAUUAAAGCCUGAUGAGGGCAAUAUUUCAAAUUAUACUUUUCACAAAAUAAGCAUUUAAUUCAGCUUUAUACAUACGAAGUAUUUUAUCUUUAUAUUCAUACAUCUUAUUUCUCGCUUUUUUUUUUAUCAUAAACAGUGAUACAGAUUGUGGUUUUAUUAUGCACAAAAAGAUCACAGAACGGCGAGAAACUUGCACGAAUCAUGAUAGAAAAGCAUAUAUAAAGCAUGCCGGUUGUAUGUAUUGAACAAAUCAAGAUAGCAACGGGACAUGGGACGUAACUCUGUAUUGUAGUUUCAGUUCAUAAUCUACAGAAACAGAAUCAGGUGAUACUCAGCCUCUCGUUAACGACCCCUAACUUUUAUAAUAUACAUGUUAUGCUGUAUUAUUCAUUUCAUAGACUGUAAACAAAUGCAUAAGUGCUUGAAUUAUCAUAUCAAAAUUAACAAAACCUGUCAUAAAAUUCCUUAACGUACUACAGUAUAGAGCGUGUCAUGAUUUAAAUUCAAUGUAAUUUCACUCUCUACCUCCAUACCUACUCCUAAAUCUUUCAUGUAUUAUAUACUGUCGAAUAGCAGAUUUACGGGAAGCCAAACAAAUGUCUUGUGUUUGAUCGUCGAUGUCGUCCCAGGAUAAAAUGUACAGUAUGUUUAUACUGCGCACAACAACCCAAUCGGAGUACAGAAUAGUCUGGGGUGUGGGUCUGAAUGGUUAUUCUUUAGCCUUGAAAUGUCGUUGUGAACAUGGUCUCACAGAAUAACAGAAUAUCCUGCAUCCUCUUUCAUUUCCAACAUGUUUGCCACUGUCUCAAAUUAUUUUGAAAAGUAUAACAUAGAUAUAUUGUAAAUAGUUUAAGAUUAUCUUAUUCCAGAUUAACAGAGCGCUUUAACAUGUAGAUUUUAUUUAUUUAUUAAAAAGAUCUGAGACAUAAAUUCUAAAUCAUCAAGUGACUAGCACAUCACCCAGUGAUUUAAAGCUGACUCAGCUAAACGACAAAUCUCAACUUUCGUCUUGAUAUAAAACACAAUGCCAUGAUUUUCUUGAACCAAUUGAAUUGAUAUUCUUGAUAUAUUAGGUCUAAAUACUGUAGUGAAAAAUAAAUUGAGACCAAGUAUGAUAUUUGUUUUAUGUUCAAUAAAGGUGUCUGUUGUUGUGAGUGUAUUGUUAGGCACUAUCCGUACGCCAUCGGAAGGUUCCAGUCAAUGGUUUGUCGACGUAACAUAUUUUGUAGCUGAUCAUGAAACUAUGUUUGUCUAUUGAGAGGCUUAAAAGCCGGAGCAGUAAUUAGCAAUGAUCUCGUUGAUGUUAAUGAAAUUGAAUAAAAGAGGUGAAAUGACAACUGGUUUACAACAAGAAUAUUUUAUUCACAUUUUUGACAGGAUGACACACAGAUAGAAAAAUAGAAAUAGUAAAAACUAGAAAAUGUCUGUAAGACAUGAAUUAGUUUCAGUGUUCGAUAAUGUUCUAUAGUUACAACGAAUUCCAUCUUGACACCCUGAAAUAUGUAGGUAUUCCAGGUGUUAUGAUACUUCAAGUUGAUAAAUCGAGCGACACAGAGAAAAAAAUCAAUGAAUUAUAACAUGCAGUGAUCUUUGAAAUAUGAACUCAUCCGAGGUAUUUUCAUUCCUGAAAUCUGUAUAAACUUUGAUAAAAUUUGAUAAUGUGUGACGAAAUGGUCUCUGGGACAAAAAAAAACUAAGACAAAUGUCAAAUUCAAACCAUGCAAUAUUGAUGUUUUAUUCUAUAAAUACUUUCAUGUUCUGAUAUAUAUAUAACAUGUAUUGAAUAAUGAAGUAUAAAUUUCUCAUAAAUGUUGUAGAUUGAAAUGAUUUCCGGUGUGGUAUUGGAUUUUAGACAAAAGAGGAUUUUUUUUAUCUCCCUUUGUUUUACAUUCGUACCUAAAUGAUGUUGAAGAUAUUAUGACCGCAAUGAAUAUCCAAUAUUUAAUGCCUCUGUAGUUUAUUUUGGUUUGAAAAAGAAAUUAAUAUAUAUAUAUAUCAAAAUUUUCAUCCUAUUUAUGCAGAUGCCACGAUUCUAUUUUCUGAUAGUCCGAUUAAUUUACAAACUCAAUGGAAUAUUUCAAGCGAAUACUGUCAACAUAGGAAAUAAAAUGUAUUUUAAUGAUGGUAAACAGAAACGUUUUUACUUUUGAUAAUAUAAACAUUGAAUGUGUGCAAACAUAUUUAUCUAUAAGGAACAAUAUGGUCUAUCACGCAUGCUCUAAUGAUGAUGGAAAACCUGUAACUUAUGUAUGAUUUAUUGCGUAUUUGUGGAAAUCUUUCCUGAUGUAUGGAUGUUUUGAUAUGGAGAAUGGUGUUUCAUAUUGUACUGUUGAGUUUGGAGAGUUUAUAACAUACUGCCUAUCAACAUAUCAAAACAGUUCCAUGCAUCGGUUUUCACAAAAUAUUUUCCAUGAAUUUGGAUUGAUGUAUAUGUUUAAAUGUAUAACUGAAGGUAACACAGAUACUGUAUAAUAAGUUAGAUUGAUGUAUAUGUGUAAAUGUAUAACUGAAGGUAACACAGAUACUGCAUAAUCAGUUAGUUUGAUGUAUAUGUGUAAACGUAUAACGGAAUGUAACACAGAUACUGUAUAAUCAGUUAGAUUGAUGUUUUUAGCUCUUCGUUCUACAGUAUGCAUGCUAUGUGUGCAGAUUAUACCAACACUAUUGUAAUUUUGAAGAAAAAGAAAUUAUAAUUGUAUAGUGGAGACUAGAGGAAUGAACAAUGAUAAUCAGCUGAACAGAAUAUAUCCAUAAUAUAAUGAAGUAUUCUUUAGAUAUUUGCAGUGGCGGAUCCAGAGACCUAU